UAAAUUAAUUGGUUUACAUGAAAGUUAUAACGUCUACAAAUGGCGGUAUAUAUACUGGAAUUUUUUUUUUUUAUACUAGUAAUGGCAGCGAUCAGCAACUUAUAGCGGGACUGUGGCAGGCAUUCUGACACUGGGGGGGAACUGACUAACUCUCACUGACAUCCCAAGUGACACCAAUACAGUGAUCAGUGCUAAUAAAAAGCACUGACACUGUACUAAUGGCAUUGGGCAUGAAGGGGUUAACAUCUGGGGCGAUCAAAGGGUUAAAUGUGUGCUGUGUGUUGCUUUACUUAAGCAUGCUGCUUUGUAUUGCUCUGCAUAGCAGAGCAAUACAAAGCAACGUGCUGGAGCUGACAGGAGAGAGAUCU